AUGUUAGCUAGAAAUGGUGAGAAUUUGAAUUUUUCUGAACAAAAAUAUUUGGGUCACGUUUUUAAUGAGAAAUUGUGUUUCAGGCUCAUUUUUCGUGCUGGAACUCGUGGAAAAUGGCAAGGAGAUGACGCUGAAAAGGUGAGUUUUUAGAAUUUUGGGUGAAAAUCGAUUUUCUUUGAAAAACCAGUGUAAACACGGAGUAUCGUUGCAAAUGUGUUCAAAAAAUCAGAAUCCCGUUCGAAUUUCUUUAUUUUUAUGAGUCUGCGACGUUUAAAAAGUUUCACAAUAUAAAAAACAGCACAAAAAUCAAUGAAGUUAGAACAAAUCAUGAAAAAUCUUUUAAUUUUUCUCGUUCUUGUCCAAAUUUCUCUAUCAUGUAUUCCUGGUAUUCCACAAAAUCCGGAAAUCAAACAAAAAUUGCUUGAAGCUGAGCAAGAAAUCUCAAAAGUCUUCAACAAUUCAAACUUGGAAAAUAAUAUUGCUAUUGGCCAAUUUUUGAGCCCCAACUUUGUCUACAAACAUUGCUCUCAAGACAGACCAAAAUAUUCCAGAAAUAUCGAUCGGGAGAGUUAUCUUAACUCGACCAAAGAUAUCAUAAGUAGAACUGUCCGAAUUCGGUGUCUUGAUACCAAAUUAGACGAAAUCAAGGAGAAUACUCAAGUUGAAUAUCAAAUUAAUGAACGGAUUUGGAGAAAUGGGAAAAAUGGUAGCGAAUCGUUGAUUCAAACUGUUCGGGGAAAAUUUGACGAAAAUGGGAGGAUUGUGAUAAAUUAUAAGCGAAAAUUGUGUACUUCAUAUAUUGUUUCGCUUUGA